ACUCUGCCUCUUGGAAAGCCGGCAUAAUCCAACACAUGAUCAAACACAGCGGCGAAAGACCUUACAAGUGUGAGGAAUGCGACUAUAGGACAGGGCGUAAACUGACCCUUAUUCGACACCUUAGAACACAUACAGGUGAGAAGCCGUUCAAAUGUGACCAGUGCUACUAUUCUGCUGCACGGAAAUACAACUUGGACCGGCACAAGCGUACCCACACUGGUGAGAAAACCUUCAUGUGUGAACUUUGCGGAUUUGGGACAAAUAAGAGAUCAGCUCUAAGUGUUCAUAUAAGGAGCCAUUCGGGUGAGAAACCCUACAAGUGCGAGCAGUGCGACUUUUCUUGUAAACAAAAAUUCCAGUUAAAAAGACACAUGGUCACACACUCCGGUAAAAACCCUCAUGUGAGUGAAGAGGUCGUAUUCAGGACAGCUAAAAAGUCUGAACUAAGCACAAAUAAAGGGAAACAGAAAAGAGAGAGGCCCUACAAGUGUGACCAGUGCGACUAUUCUACUGCCCGAAAGUGUCAUCUAGAACGUCACAUGUUUAAACACACCGGGUUAAAACCCUACUCUUGUGAGCAGUGUGAGUACACCACGUUUAAAAAGUCCAUUCUCACGUCACACAUGACAAAGCAUAGUUUCAAAAAAACCUACAAGUGUGAUCAGAGUUCUCGUCAGCCUGGAAGAACUGUUUAGUCCAACACAUGGUUGAACACACCGCUGAGAAAGGCUAUACGUGUGGGAUGCUAGCAAGGCUAAACUAUCUGCACAUAUGAGAAAACAUACUGGUGAAAGACCCUACAAGUGUGACCAGUGCGACCUUUCUGGCAAUUCUGCUGCACACAAGGUAAAUCUAGACCGCCACAUAAACACACUAGAGAUAAGCCCUACAUGUGUGAUGAGUGUGGUUAUAGGACGGCAUUAAGACAUUUUCUGAAGAGACAUAUGGCAAAACAUACAGGAGAAAAGCCGUACAAAUGUGACCGGUGCUACUAUUCUGCUGCACGGAAGUAUAACUUGGACCGACAUAAUAAGCGCAGACACAGUGGUAAAAUAAAGAAAUGAAUGAACAUGAACUGAACGCCCCUUUGUCUCUAGUAUCUAAAAUAUUUAGUAACGAGAAACGAAUAACAGUGACGUUUUGGUAUGAAGAAAAAACGAUCGAUCAAAAGUUGCACAUGGUUCAACAAAGACAAACAUUCCAAGGAUGUGCGAGUUUACGGACGGUUUCAUUGGUCUCAGAUCUCCAACCGGACUGGUCUCAGAUCUCCAACAGGUGUAUAUUACGUCAGGUGUAAACUCUGUUCUAGCUGAGGCGACGACCCCGUCCAUUGUACAAAUACAGCCUGGACCUGAAAUGUUUAUCUCUAUCUUUUUUUUAUAAUUAACAGAUUAACUUUUGUACAGAUUAUCUUUAUCUUUAGUUACUUGUUUGCCGUUUUUUGUCCUGUUCAACCAUUUGUUUUGCAUUCUGGUGGUACUUGCCAUGUACAAACAAGAUGUUAGAUGUAUGUGUGUAGCACUUGUUUAGUAACUCGUAAUAAUCACCUAACAAAUGCCAAGGAACUACGUUUAGAACUCUUCUUAUAUAUCUAUGUAUAACUAUAACUGUAGAUAGAUAAGUAGUUAUGUAGAUAGAUAGAUAGAAAGUUAAGGUGCAUACUUAUAUACAUGUAUGUAGGUAUAUUAAGAUAUAUAAAGAUAAAUACAGCUAUGUGCGUACGUCA